AUGCUUUUUGAGGAAUCUUUAAUUGAAACACCUAUAUAAGAGAUAUAUUUUGUAAUUAGAUAUUAUUAUUUAAUUUUCUGAUCAUUUCCUUUAAGAGUUCCUCAGACAGCAUAGGUAAAUUAAUUAAUUAUUAUCAUCCUUUCAUACCUGACCAUAUAUUUUUAUUAUGCAGCUAAUUUUUAGAUGAGCAAACAAAAUUAGACAUUUAUAGUGAGCAAUCAUUCUAGACCUUAUAUCCAUGGAUAUCACGUUGAUGAUAAUAUAGGCAAAAAGUUAGUUAUUACUUAAAGCUCAGAGUUAGGUGGUGUCUUAAUCACUAGUGUUGAAGUAACUAAUAAGAAUUAUAAUAUAGGUGGAAUAGAGGAAAUCGAAAUAAGUGCUUCAGAAAGAAUAUGAUGCAAGGAGUAUAAGAUAUGCGAAUGAAGAUUACUCAUAUUUGGCAAAUGUUUUACUAAGCAGAUUUUCACAAUUAGAUGCAGCAGCCACAAUAGCUACUCAAUAUCCAUUAUUUAAAAUGUUAAGAGGUGUUACUAAAAAAUUUAUGUUUAAUGAGUUAGAAAUCAUAUUCUUUUUACAUACAAUUGAAGAAUAGAAAUGGAGAUAUGAUGAUUAAUUGAUUUCAGAUUUCUAAGCUUACUUUAAAUAAGAUUUUUUGAGCAACUAAGAAGUAAUUAAAUAUUAAAAUAAUUUAAUUAGAAUUAGAAUGUAGAAGGAUUCAAGAAAUUAUUAUUAUAUUUAAUAUGUUGUGGAUAUACAAUCAAAUGUUUUUUCAAUGAUUCAAAUGAUUAAGAAAUAAUUUUAAUAACUGAUCAUAUUCAAUAAUAUUGUUAGAAAGAGUAAUAAAAACAUUUAAAUUUAUCAUAGUUUUAAAAAAUAACUUUUAGAAUUAUGGAGAUAGAAAUACAUGAAUUGUUCAUUGAAAAUUGUUCCCAGAGUUUUAAAUAAAUUGUAUAAUAAAUUAAUGAGAUUACCUAAAGAUGGAAAACAAGAAUUACAAUAAGAUUAUAAUGCCUUAGUAGAUUAGAUCAUAUAAAUAUCUCCUGCUUAUAAUAGUUAAGAUGGAAAAUAGAUAAAGCAAGAAGCUAAACCAAUCUAAUAACAACCUUAAUAGCAACCAUCUAUUAAUUAUAGCUAAUAUCAACAAUAAGCAUUUAUGGGUAAUUCAGGUAUAUUUAUGAAUUUUUCCCAAUAACAAAAUCCUCAAUAGAAUUAAACAUAUAUGUAAGGUAUUUCAUCAUAAGAUUAUUUGGAAUCUAACUUCAAUGAUAAUUUCCUUGGAAAUACAUCAAAAAAUAAAAAAGAAAUGCCAUCUUCACCACCACCUUUAGUGAGUUAAUCUUCUAAUUAUAAAAAUCAAUGAUAAAUUAAAUUAAUAACAACGAAUUUAGUCUAGUCGAUUCUAUUUCAAGACUUGAAAAUAAAAUCAGGCAUUUUAAAUCUGACCCAAACAGAUAAAAAAAAAUUGUAUCUAAAUCAAAUCCUCAUUCUAGGUCUUUAAAUAUUAAUAAUAACUUGGAAUGAUGCUAAAUCAAAAAGCAGAGUCAGACUUAAAAUAAAACAAAUUAGAAUCUUGUUAUUAUCACCUUCAGAAGGCUUAAUAAAUAUGCCUUCUAGUACCAAACCUUAAAGUAUAUAUGCAAAAUCAUAUUAGUUACAAACUAUAAAUAAUCUUGCUUUAUAUCAUUAAAAAUUAAACUAACCACAAAGAGCUUUAAAUUAUUUAAACCAAGCCUUGAAAAUGUAAUAUGCGUAAUUAAUCUUAUUAUAUCAAAGAUAAAAUCUUGAUUCAUCUUUAGCAAACACUUAUUUAAAUAUCAGUGCCAUUUAAUCAUCUUUAGAAUGCCAUGAUGUAGCAUUGUAGAACAUCUAUCUAUCCAUAAUACUAUUAUAACAUGAAUUAUUAAUUGAAGGUUUGAAAUACAAUAUAGAAUUGUAAAACUAAUUAAACCUUUAAAAAAUGCAGAGUAAUUUACUAUCUGAAGGGUAUAUUAUGCAUAUAUAUUAUGAGAACUAAUUUCUAAUUUGAUGAAUAUUUGAAAAUUGAUAGAGCCUAAAUUUUAAUUGCUGCAUAUCAUAACUUAAGUCUAGAAAUGGAGUUUUUCAAAAAAAAUGAAGAAGCAUAAAAAAUCAUCUAGUCUGCUAAAACUUUAUCAGAAUUUAUACUACAACCUACACAUGCUUUAAGAAUAAAAUUAAAGGAAAUUUCAGAAAAAUAAGUAAGUACAAGAAUCUAAAAAGUUUAAAAUCUCAAUCACAGAAGCAUCUCCUUUGAUGAUAGAAAUAGUAAUAGUAUCCGUCAUACUAAAUCUUCAAAAUAUCAUUUUUAAAGAUAGUUUUCUAAAGAUAAUAAUAAUUCCAUUUAAUUAAUACAAAAUCCUAAUAUAAUUCUUAAGAAUACUCCAUCAAAAUUGAUUUAACAUUAAAAAUUCAUAACAGAAAUCACUCAAUCAAAAUCAUCUUAAAAAAUUAAUAAAUUCAUGAAUCCAUUAGAGUUAAGUUAUACAUAGGAUUGA